AUGGACACCGCGCGCAUCGGCGAGCUGGUUGCGCACAAGUCGGCGCUGUGGUCGCCAGAUGUCGACAAGUUCAAGGUCAAGGGCGCAGAGUCGCUUGAGGACGCGCUCCAGAAGCAUCGCAAGCCCGAGUACGACUGGAACAAGAUGUAUGCAACCGUCAAAGCUGACAAUGCCACGCUCGAUCGGAAGACGGCGAUUGGCUUCCGUUGGCUCGCCAUCUUUGGAACCAAGUUUGGGUACUCGGACUCGCCGGUGGUGAAGGACAUUGUCGAGGCGAUCAAGAGCCUGUGGCGGGUGGGCGAGCUGCGGCGUGCUCGCGAGGAGGAGCAAGGUGGGAGCGAGGAGCCAGCCCCGAAGCGGAGGAAGGGCCUCUAA